UAUAAGAAGCAAUACUCAUUUGGUGGCAACAGGAAACUUCAAACAACAUAAUCCUGACCUUCGAGCCCUGAUCAUCAACCACCAUGUCUAGCAGCAAAAAUGUGGUCUUUGACAUCAUCGGCACUCUGGUGUCGUAUGACGUGUUAUUCGACGCGAUUGACGAGCAAAUGGGCGACCGACUUCGAGCGCAGGGCAUCAAACCCACUCUGCUGGGCUACACCUGGAUCGAAGUCGCAGAGCGGGAAUACACCUAUCUUAGCAUGAGCGGCCAGUACAAACCCUUUGCGACCUGCUUUGAGCUGUUGUUCUGGCGCAUGCUUCACAUGGCAGGCAUCUCCGAGCCCCGAAGCUUUGCCACAAAGAAAGACCUCGAGUACAUCAUGGAAAGAUAUGCCAAACUUGGCUUGCGACCAGGCGCAGCAGAGUGCAUCACCAAGCUUCGCGACGCCGGGUUCACGGUUUGGGCCUUGACGGCUGGGGACCUGGCGGGAGUGGGGGGCUACUUCGCGAACGCUGGUUUGGAAUGGCCUGCAGAGAAUCUACUGUCCUGCGAUACCCAGGGGAUAGGAAAACCCGAUCUGCGGGCGUAUCACCCGCUUCUCGAGCAACUGUCCCAGAAUGGAAAACCAUGGUUCGCUGCCGGUCAUAUGUGGGAUGUUUCGGCGGCUCGCUGUGCGGGGUUCAAAGCCGCUUAUUGCGUCAUUUGGGAGAAGGAGCCGAUCACUGAACUGUUCGGUGAAAUGGAUGUCAUGGCAGAGAUGCUUCCCGAGAUGGCUGAUAAGAUCAUUGCAGCAGCACAGUAAUUUGACGAUGCUGGUGAAUUCAAGAUAGCAAGGAUUGGUGGGUCAGUCGCGUUGGAGACGCUGCAUGUUUCGGCGAAUGAAGGAUAUGUAGAAGCCAUGCAGGAGACUACAGAUAAGAUUAGCAAGCCCUUAUCAUCUAUACCUGGC